AUGUCCAACAGCAGCUCCAUCACCCAGUUCCUCCUCCUGGCAUUUCCAGAUCUCUGGGAGCUGCAGCUCUUGCACUUCUGGCUCUUCCUGGGCAUCUCCCUGGCUGCCCUCCUGGGCAAUGGCCUCAUCAUCACCACCAUAGCCUGUGUCCACCACCUCCACACCCCCAUGUACUUCUUCCUCCUCAACCUCUCCCUCCUUGACCUGGCCUCCAUCUCCACCAUUGUUCCCAAAUCAAUGGCAAAUUUGCUGGGAGGAAAAAGGACCAUUUCCUACCAAGGGUGUGUGGUCCAACUCUUUUAUUUUUUCUUUCUUAUGUCAGCAGAAUAUUCUCUUCUCACCGUCAUGGCCUAUGACCGCUAUGUUGCCAUCUGCAAACCCCUGCACCACGGGACCCUCCUGGGCAGCAGAGCUUGUGUCCACAUGGCAGCAGCUGCCUGGGGCAGUGGGUUCAUCAAUUCUCUCCUGCACACGGCCAGUACAUUUUCCCUACCCCUCUGCCAAGGCAAUUCUCUGGACCAGUUCUUCUGUGAAAUCCCACAGGUCCUCAAGCUCUCCUGCUCAGAUGCCUACCUCAAGGAAGUUGGGCUCAUUGUGGUCAGUGCCUGUUUAUGCUUCGGGUGUUUUGUUUUCAUUGUGCUGUCCUAUGUGCAGAUCUUCAGGGCUGUGCUGAGGAUCCCCUCUCAGCAGGGACGGUACAAAGUCUUUUCCACGUGCCUGCCUCACCUGGCCGUGGUCUCCCUGUUUCUCAGCACUGCAAUGUUUGCCUACCUGAAGCCCCCCUCUAUCUCCUCCCCAUCUCUGGAUCUGGUGGUGGCAGUCCUGUACUCAGUAGUGCCUCCAGCAAUGAACCCCCUCAUCUACAGCAUGAGGAACAAGGAGAUCAAGGAUGCCCUAUGGGAACUGUUCCAAUGGACAUGGUUUAAUCAACAGUAA